UGCUUUGCUUUGUUGUGAAACCAAAAGAAAAAAAAAAACAAAUAAUUGAAACGCAAAUCAGGUGAAAAUUUAACUUUUCGAUCGGUAUUUUCGUCAAAUUCGGGUGUUCUUCGCGUGUAAAAGUUGUCCCAGUGAGCUUUCCGCAGGAUGGGAGCCGUUUUAGGGCUGGUUUCGGCGGCCAAUUUGGCCUGCUGCUGCACCGGAACCGCCUGUUCGCUGUGCUGCUCGCUAUGUCCGUCCUCGCUCAAGUCCAACUCGACGGCGACGCGCUUCAUGUACGCGCUGAUGCUGCUGCUGGGGGCCAUCGUGGGCGCCAUCAUGCUCGCCCCAGGCCUGCAGGACUUCCUGCAGAAGGUCCCAUUUUGUGCGAACUCAACCUCGACGGCGGGCCACCUGAUACCGAACUCGGACACGAUCGACUGCAGCUCGGCUGUGGGGUAUUUGGCCGUCUACCGGAUCUGUUUCGCGCUGUGCUGCUUCUUUGCACUGUGGGCCGUGCUGAUGGUGGGCGUGCGAUCAUCCAAGGAUUCGAGGUCGGCGCUGCAGAACGGAUUCUGGGGCAUCAAGUUUAUGAUCGUGACGGGAAUUGCGAUCGGGGCGUUUUUCAUUCCGGAGACGGGCUUCGGACCGGCCUGGAUGUGGGUCGGAUUGAUCGGAGGAUUUGCGUUUAUUCUGGUGCAGCUGGUUUACAUCGUUGACUUUGCCCAUCAGUGGGCCGAAGCCUGGGUCAGCAACUACGAAGAGGAGGAAUCCCGCGGCUGGUUCGCGGCCCUUUGCUGCGCCACCGGUCUCCAGUACCUGCUGUCCCUCACCGGAAUCGCCCUGCUCUACGUGUACUUUACCCAGGCCGACGACUGCUCGCUGAACAAGUUCUUCAUCACGUUCAACAUGCUCAUCUGUCUGGGCGUGAGCGUCCUCUCGAUCUGGCCCAAGGUCCAGGAAUUCGCCCCCAAGUCCGGUCUGCUGCAGAGCUCGAUGGUCACGUUGUACACGGUCUAUCUGACCUGGUCGGCCGUAGCGAACAAUCCGGACGCGGAGUGCAACCCCGGUUUCCUGGCCAUCAUCGGCGAUAAGCAGAACAAGGUGCACUUUGACAAGACCAGCAUCAUCGGGCUGGUCAUCUGGAUGCUGUGCAUUCUGUACUCGACGCUGCGUUCCGCCAAUAACGUGUCCCGGCUGGCCGAUCCCGAGAAGCAAGUUCUCGCAGCCACGCUCAGCGACGACGGGUCCGCUUCCGGCCACGCCGACGGCAACGCAGUGCGCGACAACGAGGAGGACGCCGUCGCCUACUCCUGGUCGCUGUUCCACGUGGUCUUCGUCACGGCCACGCUCUACGUCAUGAUGACGCUCACCAACUGGUACCAGCCGAACUCAUCGCUGGACACGCUAAACGCGAACGCCGCCUCGAUGUGGGUCAAGAUCGUCUCGAGCUGGUUCUGCGUCGGGUUGUACGCGUGGACGCUGGUCGCGCCGAUGGUGCUCGUCGAUCGCGAGUUCAACUAAACACUAAUCUCGUCGUUUCCAAAGUGUGUUUUUGUAGGCUUAGAGCGAUUUGCUGCAAC